AUGGCCAGUCAUCCUCCUAUACCAAUACUAGAACUUGCUGACCACAUUGAAAGACUGAAAGCUAAUGACAACUUAAAGUUUUCUCAAGAGUAUGAGUCUAUUGACCCAGGACAACAAUUCACAUGGGAACACUCUAACCUGGAAGUUAAUAAACCAAAGAACAGAUAUGCAAAUGUAAUUGCAUAUGAUCACUCACGUGUUCUGCUUUCAGCUAUUGAAGGCAUACCAGGAAGUGACUACAUCAAUUCCAAUUACAUUGAUGGUUACAGAAAGCAGAAUGCAUAUAUAGCAACACAAGGACCUCUGCCAGAAACCUUUGGAGAUUUCUGGAGAAUGAUGUGGGAGCAACGCAGUGCUACAGUCGUAAUGAUGACCAAACUGGAAGAGAGAUCAAGGAUAAAGUGUGAUCAGUACUGGCCAAGCAGAGGAACAGAAAACAUAUGGCCUUAUUCAAGUGACUCUACUGGACACUGUUGAGCUCGCUACUUACCUGUGUCAGGACAUUUGCUCUAUACAAGGUAUAUGUUUAACUUAAUAGAAGUUUAGCAGAAAUAGCACAUACCCUCAAAUUUUAUAAAUUUUUACAAACCACUCAGAAAAUUUAAGCUUUAGAAAAUGAAAAUUGAGUAAUAAGCCAGCAAGUUGUUGAGAUUUCUAGUGCUGGAGUGGGAAGGACGGGCUGCUUCAUCGUAAUAGAUGCCAUGCUGGAGAGGAUACGACAUGAAAAAACUGUAGAUAUUUAUGGUCAUGUAACUUUAAUGAGAGCUCAGAGAAAUUACAUGGUUCAAACAGAGGACCAAUAUAUCUUUAUCCAUGAUGCACUGCUAGAGGCAGUGACUUGUGGAAAUACCGAAGUGCCAGCUAGAAACUUGUAUGCAUAUAUUCAGAAGCUGACACAGAUAGAACCUGGAGAGAAUGUCACAGGGAUGGAGUUAGAAUUUAAGCGCCUCGCUAGUUCUAAAGCUCACACGUCACGGUUUAUCAGUGCCAAUCUUCCAUGUAAUAAAUUUAAAAAUCGCCUUGUUAAUAUUAUGCCAUAUGAGUCCACAAGGGUGUGUCUUCAGCCAAUACGUGGUGUGGAGGGCUCCGACUAUAUCAAUGCAAGUUUUAUAGAUGGAUACAGGUAA